UUUUUUGAGAUUUUGCAUUCAGUUCAGAUGCAUGUGGAGGAGGAGCGGGGUCCACAGGAGGCGGCCGAGGCAGCUCACUGGACCAGGACAGUCUAGGAGGCGGCUUAGCCUGUGACGAGCAGGAAGUGGCCAGUUUGACGACAGUCCACAUUGACUCAGAGACCAGCAGCCUGAGCCACACGGUUACCGUUACCGGCUCCGAGAGUGCCUCGCCCAUGCAUUCCCUCGGGGGCUCCCGUUCCCAGACCCCCUCCCCAGCCACGCUGACAGCUGAGCACGCUGAUCACACACACAGUCACUCACACGCACACUUGCAGCUGGACCAGAAACUCCACAGCUCUGUACUCCAGACCCCAGAUGAUCUAGAAACAAGCGAGUUCCCCAGCGAGGACUGCAGUGUGAUGGCAGGCGGCUCUCUAACUGGAUGGCACGCAGAUGUUGCCACGGUUAUGUGGAGGAGGAUGCUGGGUAUCCUGGGAGAUGUUAACACCAUCAAGGACCCAGAAAUCCAUGCUCAGGUUUUUGACUACUUGUGUGAGCUGUGGCAGAACUUGGCCAAGAUCAGGGAUAAUUUGGGGAUUUCUCUGGACAACCAGUCGUCCCCACCACCUCCUGUUCUGAUUCCUCCUCUAAGAAUCCUCACCCCCUGGCUCUUUAAGGCCACCAUGCUGACUGAGCGUUACAAGCAGGGAAAGCUUCAUGCCUACAAACUAAUCUGUAGAAUAAUGAAAAGACGUCAAGACGUUUCCCCAAACACCGACUUUCUCAUGCACUUCUACAACAUCAUGCACCAAGGGCUGCUGCACCAGGACCAGGAUAUUGUGAACACCAUCAUCAAGCACUGCAGUCCCAGGUUCUUCAGCAUCGGACUUCCCGGAGCCACCAUGUUGAUCCUGGACUUUAUCAUCGCAGCUUCCAGAGUCACUGCAUGUUCAUCGCUCAAUGCUCCAAGAGUCGAGGCCCAGAUUCUUCUUGGGUCUCUGGUGUGUUUCCCCAACUUUUAUGAGGAACUUGCUGCUCUCCAUCCGACCACUGCCGACGUUGUACGGACUAAAUUCCCCGAGGUCAAGGUACGUGGAGGUACCUUCACCUGCUGAUUUGUGUGGUUGGAG